GCCACCGAUGUCAUGACAGGAAGAGAAGGCAGUUAGCUGGCUAGCAAACGUCAGGGUUUUCACAACUUUUACUGUUGUGCUGUUUAACUGGAGGUUUUGUCAACACCAAUCCGCGACUGUACAACAUAAUCAUGUCAGCUCCAGAGGGCUCCGCAGGUGCUGCUGCAGGGGGCAGCAAAAAGCUCCAGCAGACACAGGCUCAGGUCAACGAGGUGGUGGGCAUCAUGCGGGUGAAUGUGGAUAAGGUCCUGGAGCGAGACUCCAAGCUGUCGGAGCUGGAUGACCGGGCCGAUGCCCUCCAGGCUGGGGCCUCUCAGUUCGAAACCAACGCCGCCAAGCUCAAGAGGAAGUUCUGGUGGAAGAACUGCAAGAUGUGGGCCAUUUUGAUAGCUGUGGUUGUCAUCAUACUGGUCAUCAUUAUCAUCUGGACCCAGUCCUAAGAGACCAGAGGGGAAUCCGCUGGACACAACGCCUCCAAGGCCUCAGAUGAAGGAGCUACGUCUGACCUGACCAGAACGACAAGGAGACCCAACACGUCAGUCUCUCCCUCUCCCCGACUAAAACCCUAAUAACCUGCUGAGUUCUCCGAGGGGAUUCUUGUUUUGUAAACUAUCCUAAAAUAGAUUUUUUUUUUCUAUGUGUCAUUUUAAUAAUUAUGAUAUGAAUGUUGCCAAGCAGGUGAAUAUUGCCUUUUUUCCUCUUUUUUUACCUGUAUUGUUUAUUUAAGUAGAGCUUUUUUUUAGUUUCACACGGACACUCCUUUCACACAUGGAGCUUGCCCAGGGCCCCAGUUUGUGGAGGAGCUUUGAGAACAAGGAAGCGUGCCUUUGUAUCAGCAUCCAGUAUGCCUAUUUUUUACCUAUAGUAUGGUGGGGGCAUCGUUAGGAGGUUCCUGCAGACAGUUCCCUUUUGUAGGACCAUAACCAAAAGAAAAUGAUGUGGAAAGCCUAGUGUCACCAAAAAGGCUGCCCACCUCUGUAUUACAUCCGCUGAAGUUGUCCUAUGUGCCAUAGGGCGCCACCAGUGCCUAUCAGUAGCCUAACCCCCUCAGAAGCACACAUUAUACUCCAACGCAAAACUUUAUUUAGUGCACUACUGACAACCACAUACACACACACACACACACGUGCACACAUGUAUACAAACAGCGCCAUGCAUCACAUACUGUAGCUCAGUGUUUCCCAACCUUUUUUGUCUCGUGUACCCCUUAAGCCUUUUCAUUGUGCCAUGAGUACCCCCUAACUCCCUUUUUCUAUUGCAGUGUGACUAUGCUCCAUGCAUUUGUUAAAAUUAUUUUUUUCCAAGUACCCCCUGUAGUGUGCUCGCGUACCCCUAGUGGUACACGUACCCCUGGUUGGGAAACACUGCUGUAGCUGCACUGCCACGGAAAGCCUACCUUACUGCACAAGCCACAAGUGCCUGUGAUGGUGUCUGUGUCCCCAGUGAUGCUCCUCCCUGCCAAAAUAGCCUGUUGGGAUGACCCUGGCUCUCUCCUGCCAACACCUGCAUCUUCUUCUUCCAGAUGGAACCGUGUGAUCUGUUAGCAAAAGCUUUAGGCUACAGAUUAUAUAAAUUCUAGUGACUUUGAUGACUUUGACAUGGAAAAUGAACAUUUCAAGUGUUCCCACAGUGUGCAGCAAGGGCUUUAAUUAUAUUAGAACCAUUUUAGCUUUGCUUUAUUAAGUAACUGAAUUUGAUGCGAUGCUGUGUGUGGUUUUUAAAAACAAUUGCCAAAUUUCAUUGCCGCCUUUUUUUUGUACAUCACUUUGAAAUGUGUGUAAAUUGUAAACAAGUGCAAUCCUAUUAUGUGUCCUUAAAUCUCUUCUUCUGGAGUUGCCAUUGUCAACUUAAUAAAAUCCAAUUUAACAACA